UACUGAACACUUCGUUUGCUCUCAGUGUGCCAAAAAGUUUAUAGUAGUGCGGUCACCAUUAUUUCAACGGGCGUUUCGACAAAGGAUUAUUCAGAGUUUAAUUCAUAUUUUAGAAUUCUAGUAAUUUUUUCUUGAUCUUUCGUUAAUAUAAUUAACCGUAAUUCAGUUUUUCGCAAUGCCGAAGAAAGGGGAAAUUCGUAAGUGGAAUGCAGAAAACAUGAAAAAAGCCAUACAGGCUGUAAGAGCCGAAAAGAUGGGAAUACUUCUGGCAUCGAAAACGUAUGGUGUCCCAUUUGCAACCUUGCAAAGAGCUGCCCGCAGCGAUAAGAUAUUUGAGAGAAAUGGAGGCAAAGUUUUGGGGGCUCACUAGAAGUGAUGUGCGUUCGCUUGCAUUUCAAUUAGCAAAGCGAAAUAAUAUUGAGAACCCAUUUUCCAUAAUCAGGGAAUGCGCUGGAAAAGAUUGGUUGCGUAGCUUUCUAAAUAGACAUAAAACGGAAAUAAGUUUACGCUCUGCCACAGGUACCUCAAUCGAGAGAAUCAAAGGAUUCAAUGUGGAAAAUGUGAGCAAGUUCUAUAAUUUAUUGGAGCAGGAGUUUGAGAAGCAUAAAUUUUCUGCAACUAGAAUAUGGAAUGUUGAUGAGACAGGAGUGUCUAUCGUGCAAAGUAAGCAGCCAAAAAUUUUAGCAGCAAAAGGCAAAAGGCAAAUUGGUUGCAUGACUUCAGCAGAAAGAGGAUCUCUCAUAACAGUUAUAAGCUGCAUGAGCGCAGGAGGAGCCUUUGUUCCACCAUUUUUCAUUUUUCCAAGAAAAAAUCUCCCUCCGCUUUUAAUGAAACAUGCUCCCCCUGGUUCCGAUUCUGCUUGUCACAUAUCGGGAUGGAUACAAAUACCAAUAUUUACCGCGUGGUUUGAUCACUUUUUGCGAUUCACUAAUCCAUCAAAGGAGAACCCAAUCUUGCUUAUUUUAGAUCACCACUACAGUCAUACGCGACAUGUUGAUGUUUUGGAUAAGGCUCGUCAAAAUGGCGUCAUUAUCUUAUCAUUGCCACCUCAUUGUACACACAAAAUGCAACCCUUAGAUAAAGCAUUUAUGGGUCCUCUUAAAACAUAUUACAAUGACGAAAUAAGACGAUUUAUGCGAGAGCAAGGCCGAAAGGUGACACAAUUUGAUGUAGUUGAGCUGUUUUCAAAGGCUUAUCUGAAAGUUCAAACGGCACAGAUAGCAAUUAAUGGGUUCAAAUGCACUGGCAUCUAUCCCUUUGAUAAAAAUAUUUUCCAGGAAAGUGAUUUUAUGGAGCAACGCCAAGAAAAUCCGCUGAAAGAUACUCAACCUAUAGAAGAUAUAUUUUUAGAAGAACCAGUGGCCAGCACAAGUCGGCAGCGAUGAAAAAUUUCGUCACACCUUGGCAGAUAUCCCAACCGCCUAAGCUAAAACUGUCUACCAGCUCCAGAGGCAAACGAUCAGAAUCGACAGUGUUAACAACAUCACCAUAUAAAGCGCUUUUGGAGGAAAGCAUCAGAAAUGUUGAGAAGCGCAAGAAAAAAGGAAAUGUAAAAGACAUACCGCAUUCACGUAAAACCAAAACACAACGGGCAACCAAAACUAGGGAAACUUCUUCGAGCGAGUCGGAAAAAAGCUUGCAUCUUCCCAGUUCAGAUGAGGAAUGUUGGGCGGAAACACCACCUAGUAAGGAUACUGCGUGCGCUUUUUGCAACAAAAACUUUGAGACGGAUAAAGGAAGUAUUGCUUGGGUACCAUGUUUGCUAUGCGACUUAGUUUGGGCAAACGUCUCCCUAAGCGUCAAGCAAUAUUUGUUUGCGAGUCCUGCCAAACAUUUUAAAAUUAAAAACAGUACACAUUUUUUUGAAUCCUUGAUUGUUUCUAUGUACAUACUUGAAUAGUCAUGUUUUUUUUUUAUUCUUAAUGAAUUAUAUUACAACAAUACAAAA